ACAUACAUGUAUUCUUGUAGGCUCCCUCUCAUCUCUGCACACCUCCCGCCGCGCCGACCACGCGCCUUUCCCCUUUUCCUCUCCCCCAGAUCCACCCGCCGCGCCACCCCUCUCGGCUCCUCCCAGGCGGCGUCGGCCCUUUCCUCGCCCUCCUCCGUUUCUCUCCGGCGUAUAUAUGGGUUCGAAAUCGGUAGAUGAGGUGCUCGAUGCCGCCGCCGGAGUCCAUUGCUCUGCUCUCCGUCUGGACGGUCCCAACGUCCAGUUUUCCGCCUCCUCCGAGGAAGAACCAACGACGUCUGGCCUGGAGAAUGGCCAUCAGGAGCCCUUUGUUAUUGGCGUUGCUGGGGGUGCAUCGUCAGGCAAAAGUACCGUGUGCAAGAUGAUCAUUGAUCAGCUCCGUGACCAGCGCGUUGUGGCUGUUACACAGGAGUCCUUUUAUUAUGGAUUGACGGAUGAAGAAUUAGUCCAUGUUCAUGAUUAUAAUUUUGAUCAUCCAGAUGCAUUUCAUACAGAGCUACUUCUCUCUUGUAUGCAAAACUUGAAACAUGGCAAAGCUGUCGACAUCCCUAAUUACAACUUCAAGACAUACAAGAGUGUACCAAAUGCAAGGAAGGUUAAUCCUUCAGAUGUUAUUAUUUUGGAAGGAAUUCUAGUUUUUCAUGAUUCACGCCUCAGGGAUUUGAUGAACAUGAAGAUCUUCGUUGAUACAGAUGCCGACGUACGGUUAACAAGGAGGAUCCGUCGUGAUACCAUUGACAAGGGUAGAGAUAUCAAAGCUGUGUUAGAUCAGUACUCAAAAUUUGUUAAGCCUGCUUUUGAAGACUUCAUCCUCCCAACGAAGAAGUAUGCUGAUAUUAUCAUCCCACGAGGUGGAGACAAUGAUGUGGCAAUUGAUCUAAUUGUUCAACAUAUUCGGACUAAACUUGGACAGCAUGAUCUUUGCAAAAUACACCCCAAUUUGUAUGUAAUUCAGACUACUUAUCAGAUACGAGGCAUGCACACAAUAAUAAGGGAUGCUGCCACAGCAACACAUGAUUUCAUAUUUUAUGCUGAUCGGUUGAUUCGACUGGUUGUGGAACAUGGUCUUGGUCAUCUUCCUUUUCAGGAAAAGCAGGUCAUCACUCCGACUGGAUCUGUUUACACUGGUGUGGAGUUCUCCAAAAGGUUGUGUGGUGUCUCAGUGAUCAGGAGUGGCGAAAGCAUGGAGAAUGCGUUACGAGCAUGCUGUAAAGGUAUAAAGAUUGGGAAGAUUCUUAUUCAUCGGGAAGGAGACAAUGGACAACAGCUCAUCUAUCAAAAUUUACCAAAAGAUAUUGCAAAUAGGCAUGUUCUUCUGUUGGACCCCAUAUUGGGAACAGGAAAUUCAGCAGUUCAGGCCAUCUCCCUUCUAUUGAAGAAGGGUGUACAAGAAGCAAAUAUUAUAUUCCUUAAUCUUAUUUCAGCGCCCCAAGGAGUGCAUGUGGUGAGCAAGAGAUUCCCUAGAGUGAAGAUCGUUACUUCGGAGAUUGAGUUUGGUCUAAAUGAUGAUUUCCGUGUUGUGCCUGGGAUGGGCGAAUUUGGAGACAGAUACUUUGGAACAGAUGAUUAUCAGUCAUCGACGCCAUUCUUUUGUGACGAUAAAAAUCGUGUCAGGCUCUUGUGACAUGAAGCCAUGGCUGCGGCGUAUUCUCCAAUUUUUGAGAAACUUAUAUCAGCAUUCCAAACUCUAGAAUGCCAUCAUAAUGUUUUCAUUACCAGACACUGUACCAUGGAACAUCCAGACAGAAAUCACCUCUUAAUAUAAUUGGAUUUGUUCCAUUUUUA